AUGAGAUCAUUAGGUGUUGGUGCAUCUUCAGAAGCCACUUCAUAUUGUUUAUUAUUAUUAUUAUUAUUUCUAUAUAUAGAUGAUAUAUUUGUUGCAUCAGCAAAUAUAACAGAUUUGUCUCCAACUGAUUUACAAGAAAUAAAUAUUGAAAUGCUUAAUGAUACACAACAUUCAACAUCACGUAAUACAGUUGUUGGUCGAAAUCACUUAAAACAAAAUUUACAAAUACCAUUUGAUAGUGAUACAUCAAAUACACAAACAGGAUCUAUUACUG